CUUACCGUGUCGUUAUGUAUUGUUCACCAAAACGGUUUCUUCUGCUGCUGGGAUGUUUGCAGUGGGCGAUGCAAACACGCGCACAAGAGGAUCAUUUAUCGUGCGGCAGGCGCAAAGUGAAAACGACAUAUCUCAUCCACAACGGCGCUGAUGCUAUUGCUGGACACUGGCCGUGGCAUGCGGCAAUUUUCCAUCAAAAAGACAAGCACAAAGAAUACGCGUGCGGUGGAUCCAUCCUUGAUGAAACAACCAUUCUUACGGCAUCCCAUUGCGUGUCCACUCUAAGCGGCGUGAUCUCGGCAGCUCUCGUGACAGUACACGUGGGACAAAUCCACCUGAAUCAGUCCAGCGAAUACACGCAGACGUUCGAGGCGCGUGAGAUAAUCAUAAAUCCUGGCUUCAGCAAAGCUAGCAUCAUCCACGAUAUAGCUUUGAUCAAGCUCAGGACCAACAUCAGCAUGAACAGGUACGUGCAGCCCGUCUGUCUGUGGACAAUGGACAGUGCGCUGGAGUUGAUCGUGGGCAGAAACGGAACGAUCGUUGGAUUUGGGCUAAGCGAGCGGGAUGUUGUGUCGGAGCAGCUCAAACAAGCCACGAUUGGGGUAGUGGAUCCUUACACGUGCAUUGCAAGUGAUCGGGUGGUGUACGGAACGCAUCUUACGUUGGAAAUGUUCUGCGGCAAAGGACAGAACGGUGUGAGUGCGUGCAAUGGAGAUAGCGGCGGUGGCAUGUUCUUCGAGGUCAGCGGUCGGUGGUUCGUGCGCGGCUUGGUGUCGUUCACUCCAGCGCGUGGAAGCAGCGGACUGUGCGAUCCGCUCAAGUACACUGUCUACACCGACGUGGCCAAGUACGUGGAAUGGAUUAAGCAGUACAUCGAUCAGCGUGUCCUACCGGUCGAGAGUGACGUGCUGGAAGUGGACUACGAGGAGAAGCUACGCCUGUUCAACUUUGGCAGCUGUGGUGUGCUGGAUGCUAGAUCUAAGUUUAUUCCCUGGCUGGGGGCAGUGAAACUACCGAACGACAAUCGUACUAGGUGUAUGGUUACACUGAUCAGCGAAUGGUAUGCAGUCGGGCCGGCACAUUGCUUCAAUACCGUUGGUGUCAUCCCUUAUAUUUUACUUGGUAAUGUCCCAGAUGAAACCACUAGCCAGUGCACCUAUAGUACUAACAUUGAAGACUGUAUGGUUUUUGAGCAAACGCGGAAAAUUCAAAGAAUCAUUGUACAUCCAAAGUUCGGCCCGAACAAUUCUGCGGACAAUAUCGCGCUACUCGAGCUGCUGACCCCAGCAGACACCAGCCAGCCGAACGUGCAGCCUAUCUGCAUGCCGGUAACGCCCGAGCUUCGAACGAACGCAAAGACCAAUUUAAGCGUAGUGGCAAUCGCAAGGAGAGGGCUCAGGCAACAAAACAUUACCGUCCGGUUCGUGGAACCCGUUGAGUGUACGAGGCAGUACGCGGAACAGAAAAUUGAGCUUAAAUUAGAAUUCAAACGAAUGUGCGCCGUACAACCGAGCAAGCGGGAGGAAAGAUUUUGCUAUUCUCUGACAGAGGGUGUACCGAUCCAAGAAAUGAAGAUAUUCGGUGGAAAGGAGCAAUACUUUCUGCGGGGGUUUGAGCUAACUGGGGCGGCCUGCAGUACAAUUACACCAUCAAUUUACAACAAUAUCGAAGCAUAUGUCGACUGGAUACUAUACAACAUGAGGUACAACGAGCAAGAAGGGGCGAGCGAUGGUGGAACUAUAAUCACAACUCAAGAAACACUCGAGUCAGAGUGGGAAAAGCUGCAGCCGGGAAAUGAUAAAAUGCGUCUGUUUAAUAUGAAUACGUGCGGCUUAAUUGACCCCGAUAGUAUCAGUAAAUAUUUUGCGACAUACAUGCCUUGGGUCGGGAUACUUGAAUCGCGGACGGUCCCAAACAACGAAUUCUUGGAAGAGAGAUUAGUCGUGCUCAUCAGCGAGUGGUAUGUCUUGGCGCCGAAAUAUAGUGUGCAGAAGGAUUUUAUAUGGCGAUAUAUUUUACUAGGACAAAUACAUACAUUUUUUGAAGAAUCGCGCCAACGAAUAGAAAUCAAGAACGUUAUCCUCCCACCGUCCGAUCAUCCCAGGCAAUUGUUUGCACUGCUCGAGCUGCUCGAACCAGCUGAUCUAACGAAUCCCCAUAUCCAACCGAUCUGUUUGCCCUUCAUGGAUGGGCUACAUCGUAACAAACCCGCGGAAGUGAUUAUGACGUCCUAUCAUAAUAAUUUCGGAAUUAUCCAUGCAAACAAGACGCUGAAGAUUACCACCUACCAGCACUGCCAGCCACGACUGUUGCACGCAGGACAGCUCAUCAGCUUCGUCACGGAGCCUCUGUGUGCAGUCGAGUCUUCAGACGAACUCAAGCACGAGUCACUGUAUUCCAAGCUGGGCAGUCCGUAUCAGCUCACAGUGCCGUACGCGGAACGGCCGCGCUACUUUCUGUACGGCAUGCAUGUCGAUGGGUCAUACAUUCUCUCUCGCCUACACCACGGUCCAUACAUAUUUCACAAGAUUGAAAAGGCAGAUCUUGCUUGGAUAGUGAACAGCGUGCGGGAAAACGAACAGCAAUCUUCGUUCCCCAGCAAAAUUCGCAGUGAACGAGUUAACUUGAGGUCAAUGCAGCAUGUUUCCCGGAGCGCUUUCUUUAACUUUGAAACCUGUGGCAUAUCGUCGAACAGCUAUCCGAUGCCAUGGAUAGGAGAUCUCAUAGUCGGUAAAAAGUUGAUUUCUACGAUAAUACUCAUAAGUGACCGGUACGUUGUUAGUCCAGCAACGCAUGUUUACUCUUACGUGCCAAACAAACUUCAUGCAACAUUGGGACAUGAAACAAGACAUAUAAAUGAUUCGAAUGUGCAAAAAAUACCAAUCGAGGAGUUGAUCGUUCAUCCACGGUACAAUAAACUCAAUUUGGCUAACGACAUUGCGUUAGCUCGACUAGCUACAGCUGUGGAUACAUCUCUGCCUAACGUGCGACCCAUCUGCUUGCCGAUCAUCGAUGCAAUUCGCAGCUAUGAUUUAUCAAGCUUGUUCAUGGAUUUUUAUGAUCCCUUACUGUAUAAGAAGCAAUCUGACAAUGCUGCUGAUAGGUACAUCGACCAGGUAGAGUGCCAACAUCGGUGGCAAGGAUUGAUGGUUGGAUUCACCAUAGACACCUCCAAUCAUUGUGUGCUGGAAAAACGCACGCUAGAGGACAACAAAUUAGUAGAAAUUGAAAACGGCGACGUGCUUUACUCCCGGCAAAGACUGGCACUGAGUGACAGAGAGUUUCUGCGCGGGUUUGCAGUGUUUAAACCGGACCUACCGAGUAUUUACUAUCCCGCUGUUUACAUAAACACAGAUGCCUAUCUGGAUUGGAUAUUGGAAACUAUCGUGCAGCGCACAGCGCUUCCGUUCGAUCUGCGAGAAGAGCUUAUAUUCAGCGAAUAAUAAUGAAUUUUUGCUCUCGUAAGACGCAAUACAAUCAAACAACAACUACAACUACAGUAAAGCAAACAAAUUUUAAGUAAACAAACAAUUUUCAUACUAGCAUUUGACGACGAGUAGCACGAUGGGCUGCUCUCCAAAACCGACCAACGUGGGAAUACCAACCUACAUCAUGAUAGUAAUCCAGAGCUCUUUUCGAGUCUUCUUAGUUGAACAGUCCUCUAGCAAUACCAUAAUACCGGCUGUAGUUCCACAAGGAAGUAUGCUAGCCCCCUCACUCUUCAUGAUAUACCUGUCAGACAUACCCACUCUUCCUCAAGGUUGUGAACUGUUUCUCUUCGCCGACGACACGGCCAUAGCAGUUAAGGGAAGAACUGUAAAUGAACUCAAAAACAGAGCCCGGCAAUGCGUUGGUAUUUUAAUCAAAUACAUUUGGAAGUGGAAAAUUACACCUGUUCUCACUUUCCUCUGAAUCUUUAUCCGGUUGCUAUGGAUCGCAAUCCAUGAGAAUAGAGGGCAAUCAACUACGUCUAUAUCGUUUUCAGCUUCGUCGGAAUCGUUUUCAGUUACGUUUGGAUCGCUCUCAGCUACCUUUGGAUGUUGCAGUAGCACGCGCAAAUUUCGUUGUAGUGCAUGUCUGACAAAUCUGUCAAAUGUUUAAAAAUUCAUUGCUUAAAAAUGGGUUAAAAAUUCAUUCAACACAAGUUCUCAAUUGGGGUCAAACAUAGAACAAUAUGAAAUUGUAGCGUUUCAAAUCGUCUGUUAUGAGGAGAUUCGUGAGGUACGUCGAGUGGUCACCAACUAAACUAUGCGACGCAACGAAAUUUGCGCGAGCUAAUGCAAAAUCCAAAGAUAGCUUAAAACGAUUCAGACAUUGCGACAUUCUUAUGGAUUGCGAUCCAUAGCAACCGGAUAAAGAUUCAAAGGAAAGUGAGAACAGGUGUGAAUGAAGACAAGGCACUGGCUAUAAUAUAUCCCCACUGAGUGAGAACAUCAAUUCUUAGACUAUUACAGAGUUUUCCAUGAGUUCUCAUAGUUGUGGGACACUUGCUGGACUCUUUCUUACGGGAAAUAAACUUCAUAUGAUGGAAAUUGAAUUACAUGGCACCCUUUUUGAAAGGCUCCUUGAAAAUUCCUACUGGAUUUGUCCAACAAGGAUGCUAUAGAGUCCAAUUCCUAUUACAUUAAGUUCAUUUCAAGUAAGAAGGAGGCAACAAAGUGUCCCACAGCUAUAAGAACUUCUGGAAACCCCUGUAAAACAGGCAACACCCCCUAUCGAGUGGUCCUAAACAAUUACAUAAUCUAGGAAUAAUAUUCGAUCAAAAACUACUUUUUGGAGAUCCCAUUAACAAUCUAAUAACGAAUAAUAUUUAUAAAUAAAACAUAUAUUCACACAUUAAUCCAACCUUUCGCAAGCUAACAAAACUGCGGUCUAUAAAAGCAUAGUACCUGCCAUUACUUAUGAAAUUGCUGUUUGUCAAAACUGCGCAAAUAUCCAUCGAAAGUGUCUUGAAGCAAAUUUAAACAAAAUCUGGCACUCAACAAACCUGACGGCAUAAGAUCAGCUGAAACAAUUGCUUUCACGCCUUUCUUUCCUGUUUCUUUCGCAAAUACACAAAAAAUGCACAAAACCAACCACCACACAUCGGCCAAAUAGUGUUUAUGCGUAACAUAUUUUAUUAUACUCUUUUUUUUUUACUCUCAUAAAAUACUUUUUGUUCUCUUAGAAUAACAACAUUGUUUUUUUUUUUGUGUUUGUUUGUUUGUUUGUUUUGCUUUGUUUAAUAGGAAUGUCUCAAGAUGAUUAAUUAUUAUGCGUUACGUUUUCCACUUUUUUGCAACAUUGUUUGACGUAUAUAUGCAUAUAUUGUGUUUUGUGUUUCAACACACACACACACACACUUACUGACAAACACACAGACAUUCUCGUUAUACUUUCUCUUUCUCGCUAUAUCUCUCUUUCGAUUUCUUCUGUUCUUCUGUUUCUUCAUAUAUUUAAACUUCUUCAUUUGUUUGUGCUCCCCCCGGCAAUAUCAUUCUCUACAUGUUCCGUUUUUAACGUGUUUGCUCCGCACAACUGCACCACCUCAUUUUCAAUAAGGGGUGGGGGGGGGGGGGGUCGGGGG